UUAACUUUAUAAUAUUAAAAUGAAGCUUAUUUUGAUAUUUGCCUUACUUCUUUGUAGCACAUUCGCUAUUGAAGAUAGAAACUACGAGAAGUACCAGAGCUUGCAAGAAACUCCUUGUGAUAUCCCAGAUGAUGGCUCAAUUCCAGAUAAUGAUCCUAACCCUCUUAAGAUGGAUUAUGAUGAGCUUCCUGAAGAAUGGAGAUGGGAUGAUGUUAAUGGAACAAAUUUCUUGACAGUGAUCAAGAAUCAGCACAUUCCUCAAUACUGUGGAUCAUGUUGGGCACAGGCUACUGCUAGUGCUAUUUCUGAUAGAAUUAAAAUUAUGAGGAAAGGAUCUUGGCCUGAUAUUAACAUCUCUCCUCAAAUUUUCAACUCUUGCAUCCUAAACAGUAAUGGAUGCUAUGGAGGAAGCCACUACAAUGCCUAUAAGUAUGCUCAUGACCUAUAUGCUGUUGACGAGACCUGUUCUAUUUAUCAUGCAAGAGGUCACAGUAACGGUUAUAAAUGCUCACCAUCUCUCAAAUGUAAACAUUGUUGGGCUCAUGAAAAUUGUACUAUUCCUGAUGAAUAUCCUAUCUAUAAACUUAGUGCUUAUGGUAGAGUAAAGGGAGAGACAGAUAUGAUGGCUCAAAUCUACAAGCACGGACCAAUUUCCUGUAGUAUUGGAUCCCAUGAAUCCCUCCAUGAAUACACCGGAGGAAUUUACUCGAAUGUGACAGGAGGAAGCACCAACCAUGCAGUCUCUGUUGUUGGAUAUGGAGUUGAAGACGGAGUCAAGUAUUGGCUUGUCAGAAACUCAUGGGGAGAAAGCUGGGGAGAAGAAGGAUUCUUCAGAAUUGUAAGAGGAGUUAACAUGAACUCUAUUGAAAGUAGCUGCUCUUAUGGAUAUCCUAUUGACACCUGGACAAAUAAGACAGUUCAUAAGACAACAGAUAAGGAUAGAAAAGAUUCAAGAAAUGACUUUACAAAUGGCCCAUAUCCAAUCAGAGAGACUAACACUAAGCAUACUAGCUGCUACAUUGAAGACAGAUGGGAAGGUGAUCAGGAGACUAAUGUACCAGAAGAUUUGAAGAACCUUAAAAAGACUGAUGUUCCGACUAGAAUAGAUUGGAGAGACUACAGCGGUAAGAAUUAUCUAUCAUGGACAAAGAACCAACACAUCCCAAUCUAUUGUGGAUCAUGUUGGGCUCAGGGUACAACAUCUGCAUUAGCUGAUAGGUUCAAUAUCUUGAACUGGUUAAGGAAUAACAAUACUAGAGCUCCUCAAGUUGGUAUUUCUGCUCAAUCAGUGCUCAAUUGUGAGGCAGGCGGAACUUGUAGUGGAGGCCAACCAGCUUCAGUCUACAGAUUUGCUAGAACCCACGGAUUAGCUCAUGCUUCUUGCGAAAAUUAUAUUGCUCAUGAUGUUGAUGAUAAAGAACUUGUAUGCACAGACUUUAAUGUUUGCAGAGACUGUAAGGGUCCAGCUCCUAAAGAAGGUGAGACCGGAUUUGAAAAUUGCUGGUCAGUUCCAUACAAACGCUACUAUGUUUCUGGAUAUAGACAAGUUAUUGGAGCUGAUAUGAUGAAAGAAGAAUUAGUUAACUAUGGACCAAUUGGAUGUGCUUUAGAAGUCACUGAGAAUUUAGAAAACAACUAUGAUGGAGGAAUCUACUCUGAAGUAAAUGAUUCUCCAUCUCUCAAUCAUGAGGUCUCAAUCGUUGGAUACAAUGUUGCUGAAGAUGGAACUGAAUAUUGGAUUAUUAGAAACUCUUGGGGAACUUAUUGGGGAGAUUAUGGAUUCUUCAAAAUCAAGAUGCACGAAGAUAAUCUCGGAAUUGAGACCCAAUGUGUUGCUGGAUAUCCAACUUACAACGAGCCAAAGUUGCACGAAGAGAUUCAAUAA